AUGCAAAUAUAUGUAACAGAACUUACUUCUGAUUGGAUAAGUAGAUUAUCGGAUGAAAUAGGUCUUGGAGAGCCCAUUCAAAGACUUCUUCAAAGUAGUACUCGACUUUCAGUACGAAAACUUCGUUGUAUACCAGCAUAUCCAUCUCUUCUCGUCAUACGUUUUGAAUGGCUCGUCACAAACAUUCCAAUUUUUCUUGUGGUUCGUCGUUUCUGUACUCAAGGCUAUCACAACGCAUUUUAUCGCAUCUCCGUCAAACCUACUGCAGUUCGUCACUAUAUUGAAGCUGUACGUCAAAAUAAUGCUAAGAUCGUUGAUCACGGCAAUGUCGAUUGGUUUGACGUUACUCCGGUGUCUCUCAACUCAGUUCUUCUUGACGGUUGGGCUCGUCAACCUCAUGUAAUUAUCAUAUCAAAUUCUAUUGCUGGCAGUAUGAGUGAUUUUCAUAUUCGGAUGGGCGACGAUAAUCAAAAUGGAAUCCAUAAUGAAUCAUGUCCUGAAUAUGACAUGUAUGUCAAAAAUGAGCUCUCUACUCUUAAUUUUUCAGCAGCCAUCAUGAACUUCUUCACCAUUCACGACCAAUAUCCAUUCGAUUUAGGUGCCAACGAGAACGAAUGGGAUGUGAUUGAAAAGAUUGUCGACUCAACUCUUGAUCAUGAAGCUGCCACGAUCUAUCGUCAAACAGUCGAUGAAUCACAUAAAUCCAACGACGGACGUAUUUCUCUCGGUUUCUUGAGCUUCCAACAUAUGUUCGCAGAAUUCCCCAUCGUUAUUGCCCGCCAGACAGAACAGAUAAUAUUACACAAUGAAAAACCUGCUCCGUAUGGAUAUCGGUGGGCUAACGCUAGUCAUGCGGUUGUUAACUCAAGUUAUAGCAAAGCAAAUAGAGUUAUUAAUAAUAAUUUUACAUCAAUCAAUCAUCUUAUUGAUCAACAGUGCCAAAUUAUAACAUUAGACAGUGAUUGA